AGCUGGCGCUGGCCAAUGGGCGGGCGUGUAGGUGCAGGGUGCGGGGCCGCCAUGGCCGCUGUGUCCGCGCUGCUCUGCUGCGGCUUCGGGUUGGUGGCUCGCGCCGCCGCCGCCGACCCCGAGUUCCAGCCAUCUUUCCUGGUUGCAUCGGGCCCUGAAGUAAAUUUCUUCUUGGUGGGUGUAAACAGUUCUGCUGUUAAACUCGGUGUAGAAACAGUGGCAGCUACUGAUGAUUUAUUGCAGUCCACGUGUGUGAAGACAAAUGGCACUGGUCAAUGGGCACUGACUAGUUCAGUUGAUGAGCUUGACGUGUCAACUCUGAACCUGCAGCUGACCCUGGACAGACCUCUGGUACUUUGUGAAAAAGCAUUGAAUGAAACUAACUGUUGCUGGGAACCGCUGUGUGUUCUUGAAACACUCCGUGUGACUGCUUGUUUAAAAGGCAAUGUUUUGGCGACACUACUUGUCCAAGUUAUAAUAUAUGUAAACUCCACAUUCCAAGGGAUUAUAAAUGAAAACAAUAUGCCCAUUCCAAAACAGAAAUACCACCCGCUUGGCCCCUGUCCAUGCAACCUAACAGCAAGAGCUUGUGAUGUGGGAUGCUGCUGUGAUAAGGAAUGCACGGCUGACAUGAUCCAGCUGUUUCAUUCCCACUGCUUUACAGGAGUAUUUGGAGGACAGGUGUCCCCACUCUACGACCAUCUCUGCUCCAUGCAGAAUCUGCACACAGCUCCCGAAUGGUUCCCCUUCCUUUGUGUGCAGUCCUCUCUUAAGAACUCGCCAUAUUUGGGGCUGUUCUUUGAAGGCGAUACUGUUGAUGUUUCGCAAGACCUUUCCUUUGGGGUGGCCAAAUCUGCAGCAGUAAACGUUCCUGUUGGCUACCACCAGGGAGAUCCCAUCGUGAGAGGUGAUGAUGAGCUUUUUAUUAUUCCACAGACAUCUUUGAAUGGGCAGUGCUUGACGAAUGCACCUGUGGAUUACCUACAAGAUUUUGAUGCACGUUGUGUAAUUCCACUCACAGCUGAAGCUUGUGCCGACACCAUCGGAGUUGGUGAACAGAUCCAAAAUGGCCUGGGAACUUUGAUACAGCCAGUUGUAACCUACCAGACGGCGGCAGAUCUUGGUGAUUUCAUUCCAAUAACUGCCUCAACUUCUGGCUCCCUGUUUCCCAAACAGCAGAACGCCACGGCGUCUUUGGAAUUGGUUGAUAAAUCGGAGCCCAAACUUCUGAGUGAAAUGUGUAGAAAUAUGAUUUUGCAGGCUGAUUAUGUUUUCUACUGGAACGGAACCACAAUAUCUAAUAUCAAUUUGCUUGUCACAGUGGGAAAUAUCUCCUUGGGAUCAUCAGCUACUUUGACUCAAAGGUUCAGCGUUACUUUCAUGAACCCGGUCAAGGAACAUCCUUCCUCGGUAACUUUGUCUGGCAAUCCAGGUUAUCUCACUGGCAAACCAGUUUUGGCUGCUAUUGCAAGCGACAAGACCUUGAUAAGAGUUCCCUUAAAAAUAUGGCGACCAGUUGGAAAUGGGUUAUGCUCAUCAGCUCAAACAACAGCAUUGUUGUUUGGAGAAGACUCGACCUCUGGUUGCCUGCUGCAGCUCAGCAUUAAUGAUUUUAACAACUGUGCUCUUCUUGGGCAUACUGUUUAUGAAAACCUCCUGAAACUUGUACCAGCAGAUUAUAUAGCAAGGAGGGGAAACUCAAACCUUACAGACCUGUCGGAAUGGGUGCCAUUAUUUAAAGCUUUAUUAAACGAUAAGCAUGAAUUUAGCGAUAUUGAAGAUGAAUUUUAUGGAUACUGCGCUUCGAUUCCAGCUGCCAUGAAUAUUCGUUUCUUCACAGCAGUUAUAGGUGCAGUUGAAGCAGUCCCACAACGAGUGAUACUUGGAGCUGAGGUCAAUUUUUCUACAGUGCACUGGAAGAUGUCCUGUGGAGGUGGAAGUACAGCCACAUGUAUGACCGGAUCAGCCCUUCAGCCAUUCUCCAUCAGUGCCGCCGUGCAGUUUAUCCAGAUACCGGCGCAGCCAGAGCCAGUGCAGUCCAGUUUCCAGAUAAACCACAGGGAAUAUGAGUGUUCUGGAAAUGAUGUUUGCUGGUCUGAGCUUUGCUACCCGCUGACAAGGUAUUAUACAGGUGAACCAUACUCUGAAUCGAUCGCGCAGGGACUGUUGCUGGUCUUCAUCGCUUUGUUGAUUGCCGUGUUGGGGAGUCCCUGGAGCUCGAUUCGGAAGGCUUGGAAUGACACCACCUUUUAGCCUGUGGUAACUGUGAUCCAGUCAGGUUGCAUUCCUUCCUUUAUGCCCAAUUACAUGAAUGCAAGAUGAUGAGCAAUUUGGCACCGGAUCAGAAUCUAUCUCCUCACUUAAUUGUGACCUGUGUCUUCAGCGGCCCACAAGGCUUUAUUUCUGUUUAAAGUAAUCAUUCCUUUGUGAAAAAUUCUGAUGAAGUUGUAAAGAUGCAGGCAUUGUUGCUGCAACAGAGGAUGCACUUCACCAGAUCUGGGCAUUGGGGAUGCUGCAAGCUGCAAACCCCUCUCUUGCAUUGUUCUGAAUAGUAGAGACAUUGCAGUGACUUCAAUACAUCACAGACUUUGAAAAUAAUUGUCUAUUUUUAUAUUGGGGUGAUGUUAAACAUAGAUAUGUAAACUUACAUUCUUGUAUAAAUGUUAAUGAUUUGUUACAUUGUGGCAGUGCAUGGCCACUUUAACUUCCAAACAGAAUUUCUUUGUUUCUCCAACACACUAGUUUUGUCAUUUUUCUAUGCCUAAGCAAAGCUGUAAUCAAACAGACCCCCUGUGAGGAAAUCUCAGCAGUUUGAAGAGCAAGUCACCUUUCUUGAUUAAUUUUGGUGUCAGGGGUUAUGGGGAGAAGGCAGGAGAAUGGGGUUAGGAGGGAGAGAUAGAUCAGCCAUGAUUGAAUGGCGCAGACUUGAUGGGCCGAAUGGCUUAAUUCUGCUCCUAUCACUUAUGACCUUAGAAUGUUGAGGGAAUUAAAGCCUUUGUGUCUAAUUUCAGUUUGAAAGGUGUCCAAAAUAAUGGUUCUGCACACAUUACUGAAAGGAAACAGUGUGCAGAACAUGGUGUCACAGAUAUACUUUGCAGAUUGAAGCAAUGAUGAAGAGUGGCAGUUUGGGAAUACAACCUAUGCUGACGAUGCUGACCUAUGCUGAUAAGACAAGGAAGAAGCUUAAGGGCCUGUCCCACUGUACGAGGUAAUUCAAGAGUUCUCCAGAGUUCUCCCCUAAUUCGAACUCGUGUAAUGUUCAUAGCGGGUACGUAGGAGCUCGUGGAUGUCACGUAGCGGCUCGUACAAGUAACGGUAGGUACUCGGGAAAUUCAGUAAACUCGUGACGUUUUUUCAACUGAAAAAUGUCCACGAGUAAAAAAUGUUUUUACUUUUUACUCGUACGAGCCGCUACCUACAUUACACGAGCUCGAAUCGGGAGAACUCUUGAAUUACCUCGUACAGUGGAACAGGCCCUUUAUCUUCCUUGAAUUUAGUGGUAGGUGCUCUAAAGCUUUUGUAACCUCUGGCUAAGGGGAGAGAAGUGAAGCAGGAAUGACUGGGGUGUAAAUGGAUCUUGAUUAUAUUGACAUCAACAAAAUAUCAACAGAAACGAGAAAAAUUGCAAAAUUCCUUGAUAACUGUAAUCUUCUGACACUUAACGUGAUGGAACGCGAUGAAUUGGGAGCACAGUACGAGUUUAGUAAUACAUUUUAUAAAAAAAUUUAUGAGGUAAUCUCCCCGCAUUUACAUAACCUUUAUAUACACGCAUUUAAAGAACAGACACUACCACAAACCUUAGCCGAAUCAACUAUCACACUGAUACCCAAAAAUGAUAAAGAUCUGGAGGACCCGGGAUCAUACAGAGCAAUUGCCCUGUUAAAUACAGAUCAGAAAAUAUUAGCUAAAACCCUGGCAAGAAGAUUAAGUGAAUACGUUAAUAAAUUAAUACAUUCUGACCAAACCGGGUUUAUACCUAAGAGACACUCGUUUAACAAUUUGAGACGCCUGUUUAAUAUAAUGUAUUCACAUAAAACGAUAAAAGAAGACAUCAAUUAUUUCAUUAGACGCCAAAGAUAUACAGGUUUAUAGGUUAAUUGGCUUCUGUAAACUGAAUAAGAUCUUUCCAAAUGUAUCUCCUAUUUGCGAUAAAUGUCUUCUUCAGGAAGCAACUAUAACCCAUUCCUUUGCCUCUUGUAGAAAGUUCCAUAAUUUCUGGAGAGGAAUUUUUGAAAAUUUUUCAAAAAUACUAAAUAUAAAAUUGGAUCCCGACAUGGAACUGAUCACUCUAGCUACGUCAGCAGCCUGUUCUGAGCUAUCACUAUUUCAAAGACGUUUCAUUAAUUAUGGCCUGAUAACAGCGAAAAAACUAAUACUUAAAUUUUGGAAACAUACAUCAGUCCCUACUCUUAAGAUGUGGAUUAUAAACAUGUCCGAGACACUACAUCUUGAAAAUAUUAGACUUGUCUUGACAGAAAAACCAGAUCAUUUUUCCAAGACAUGGACACCAUUCAUUGAUUUAUUACAAGGAUAGUAUGGUGCAACACAAUUGUGGAUUUAAAUCUAAUUACGGGCUGGGUGAGGUGGGUGGGGAAGGAUGAGAGGCAGGUAUAUCACCACUUUUUUCUCCUUUUUUCUUUUGUCCUUUUUUUUUCUAUUCCUCUCUUCUUUCUUUCUUUUAUUCACUCUUUGGCUACACUACUUUGGUCUUCUAGGGGCUCUAUCUUUGCACAUCUCACUUUUUCUCUUUCUUGCUUUAUCUCCUUUCUUUUCAUAGCUAAAAAGUUAAAAUUGAAGCUAUACAAUAACUGUAAAAUGUUAUAUGCCGUUGGUUCUAUUUUUGUACAUUUGCUUCUAAUAAAAAAAAUUAAAAAGAU